UUUUUUUUCUUCUAUAUUAUGGACCAACAAGAAGCCAAGAAACAAAAGCUUGACAAUCCUGUUGAGCAACAAGAAGAAGAACCCGUUAUAGAAGAAGAAGAGGGAUAUUCCGAACAGGAUUUAGCACUUGGUCGUGCUCUUCUUCAAGCUGUGAUUGAUCAUGAUAUGGAAAAAGUCAAAUCCUUAGUGAAUGAUCAAGAAGCCGACAUUUGUUUCACAGACGAUAUGGGUCGUACACCACUUCAUUAUGCAGCAGAACAUGGUCAUUUGGAUAUUGUCAACUGGCUCUUGUCUGAAAAGCAUCCUUACAACCUAACAGAUAAACAAGAAGUCACAGCAGGUGAAUUAGCACUCAAGAACAAGCAUACAGAAGUCUAUGAUCGAUUAGUGGAUGAAGGUGUGCGCACUGAACUCUUGAUUCGUGCCAUGAAAAAAGCAUUUGGUGAUGACGAUGAUGAACAUGUCAUUGCGAAUGAAGUCUACCUUCAACAAAAACUUCAUUAUGAUGAUAAUAAGCUCAUGGAUGAAAAUAACGAUGCUGUCAUGAUGGGCUGGGAAGGUCCAUUGAUGGUAGAGCAUGCAAAAGUGAUGUGUCCUAAAGAAGGACUGAAUGUGAUCAAUGUUGGAUUUGGACUUGGUCUGAUUGAUACUGAACUUCAGAAAUACAAGCCCAAGAACCAUUAUAUUAUUGAAGCACAUCCUGAUGUAUAUGCUCAUAUGUUAAGUUUGGGCUGGGAUAAGAAGCCUGGUGUGAAGAUCCUGUUUGGUCGUUGGCAAGACAUGGUACCUCAAUUAGACAUCUUAUUUGACGGUAUCUUUUUUGAUACCUAUGGAGGUAAGGUUGAGUAUCUAUACAGCAUCAUUAAUAAUAACCCAUAUAUAUACAUAUAUUUAUUUAUUUAGAAUUCUAUGAUGAUUUACACACAUUUCAUGAAUGUGUACCCAAUAUGAUGCAUGAAGAUGGUAUUUAUACCUGGUUUAAUGGUCUUGGUGCUACCAAUCAAUUCUUUCAAGACAUCUAUUGUCAAGUAUCCGAGAUUGAUUUACGUGAAUUAGGCUUGAGUACAGACUAUGUGACCAUGCCAAUUGAUACAUGGGCUGAACAAGGUGUUUGGGAUGGUGUUCGUCAAAAGUAUUGGGUCUUGGAUAACUAUAAACUGCCUAUUUGUAAAUUCUUAAAAUAAUAAUCAUAAUAAACA